AUGGAGGAACUCAGUUUAAAAAGCACUUUUCCAUAUGAAUAUGGUUCAGACUUCAGAAUGACAAGACUAGAAAUUCUAAAUUCUACGAAGAAGGAAACGACACUUUUAUUUUUCAAUAUAGGGAGAAUUUUGGCCAGUAUUUGGAAAUACUCAUGUACAUUUUUAAGAUCUUUUUCCGACUCCAUCAAGGUUAUUAUCCAUGAUGUUGUCACGAUUGGCUCUCGUGAUCUUGCGACCAGAUUACAAAUUGAGGCACAAAAAAACAACGACCAAGAAGAUAUCUGGGCGUCAACAGUAUUCCUAGGUGUAAUUAUUGGGUAUUUAAUCUUUUCUUUUAGGGGGAAAAAUGCUUUUCUGAAAAUACAUAAAAACUCAACUGAAGUAGAUGAAUGUAGUUUGAAAACCAGCGAACACAUAUCCAUUGUAAUAAACUUUAGUGAAAACAAUCUCAGUAAUAGGGGCAACAUUGCUGAUCAGAAAAAUUCUGAGGAAUUCAUGGUUCCGCAUUUGAAGGAGUCUGUUAUCGACAUCCUUAUCCCAAAUAUGGUAACCGUGAUCCAAAGCGAUGAAAAUCUCAUCUAUGACGUCUUUGAUGAAUACGACUUAUUAAGUCACGAUAACACGACAGAGGCCUUAGUACGGCCAUAUCAAUCAAAUCCCGACUAUGAAGCAAUGGGAAGCGGCAUAUCAAUUGAUAGCGCGAAUGAAACGCGGCUGAGAAAUAUUGAAAGAAGUAUUGGCAAAGGGGAAAAAAUGGUCAAGAAGUCAAUAGGAUGCAAUGUAUCUCUGCUUCAUCACAGCGAACAAUCUGCGCCUAAAAACAAUGCAAUUACGAGAAGCUCCUCUGCUCAAGAUAAUGCUGGCCCCGUGACUGGAGAAGUUAAUGAUAUGUGUAAGUCGUUUCUGAUUAUGGGGACCCGGCUAGGAAAUGAACUUUUCUUGACUAUGUUCAUGAAAGAACCAGUCUUUCUAGGCAAUAGUGUCUCAAUUACAGAAAUUGGAGUAUUCCGAGAAAAACGAGAGCGAUUGGAUGCAGUAACUUGUAAGAGCCUUACCCCCUAUGAUGAACUUAGAAGUAUGACUAGAAAUUACAACUUACGUAAGAUCGAGAGUCAAAGGAAUCGUUCCACGAAGAAUAAUAAUUCAGUUCCCCCAAAAAAAUUGUUAAUGAAUGAAAAAGACGCAAUUUCGAUUCUAUUGUGGUACUCUACCCGUAUAUAG